CAUGUAAUCACAAAGUCCACCAGGGCUAGCAAGAACAACUUCUUCUUUUUCAAUUACCCUUCUGUCAUAUAUUUUUCUUUCACGGUGGAAGCAAUGGAUAGAGUAAGAGAGUUGGCAUCAAAGAAAGCAGCAGUUAUAUUCACCAAGAGUUCAUGUUACAUGUGCCACAGCAUCACGCAACUGUUCUAUGAGCUUGGAGCAAGCCCUGCGGUGCAUGAGCUUGACAAGGAUGCGUAUGGGAGGGAAAUGGAGUGGGCUUUGAGGAGCAUGGGGUGCAACCCUUCAGUGCCAGCAGUGUUCAUUGGUGGCAAAUUUGUAGGCUCAUCAAAGGAUGUCAUAUCCCUCCAUGUUGAUGGUUCCCUCAAACAAAUGCUUAUGGCUGCCAAGGCCAUAUGGUUUUAGUCUCAAUUCCCCAAUAAAACUCAGAAGCUCCGUAAGACAUAUGAAGGAGCUCUUACACAAUGUUUUAAGUCAGGGACACCCCUUCUUUUUCCUGAGUGUCCUCUUUUAGCUAGUACCAAAGAGGAAGAAAGUCUGUAAAAAAAAAACAUAUAGUCUUGCUUUUUAGUGUUUUAUAAAAGGUUGGCUAUGGCCACCAUGUUAUCAUACUUCAUCCUGUGGGACAAAA